AUGCGGACGAGGUAUCGGGCGACAACCCACUUUACUGAAAAACAGUCAAACGCAACGUUGCUUCUCUCUCCUCUCAACGAGGAAGAGAACGAUAUCGUAUCGAGGAUCGGGUGGCGGAGGCUUUCGCGCAGCGGGGACAAAUGUGUUUUCUUCAAGAACCCAGUAAAAAAAAACACGACACGAAGGACAACAGACUCACCAGCCGCUUUGUGGGGGGAACUCGAUCUUCUGGAUUGCUGUGACGGCUCUGCUGUGACAGCCCAGGCAGGAGCCAUGCCGUCGAGCAACCACCCCUCUGGUCGCGGCGAAGCGUUGAAGGCACCACCACCAGGCGACGCGCAGAACGUGGCGCAGCUGCUGCGACGCCGCCGGGAAGGGAAGAUUCCGGCGUCGACGGGUGGCGGAGUCUUGGGAGGCAGCACCAGCGCCAGGGCGACGAGCGCCGCCCUUCGCGGCAACAGGGGUGUCGGAGGCAGAGUGGGGGCGGGGGGAGUCUCUACACCGAGAGAUUUUGGCUUUCGUCGGAAUCUGGGGCAGCACCCGUCGAUGAUCCAAAGGCUGAGGCACACGGCUACGCUGCGUGGCCACUCCGGGUGCGUCAACCGGCUGUGCUGGAACGACGCCGGCACGCGGAUCGCCUCGGGCUCCGACGACACGACUGUCUGCCUCUUCGACGCGGCUUCGGGCAAGCGGGACGUCCAGUUCCAGACCGGUCACCGGAGGAAUAUCUUGAGCGUGAAGUUUCUUCCUUGCACAAACGACCAGAUAUUGGUCACCGGAGCCAUGGAUGGGGAGGUCCGUCUUCACAAGGCGCCGUUCUCUUCGCCCGAGCUGACAGAGUGCUUCUCGUGCCACGACCAACGCGUGCACGCUGUUGAGGUGGAGCCGGGCAACCCGUUCAUCUUCUGGUCCGCCAGCGAAGACGGGACUGUCAUGCAAUACGACCGCCGUCUGCCGAACGCUGGCCUCGGGGAGGGGAGGGGGUGGGCGGACAGCGGGCAAGGCUCCCUCGCGGGGCGACUGCGACGCAGGAGAAACUGGGGCAACUGCCUCCUCAAGCUACCGUCGCAGGCUGAUUACGCCGCCGGCGGUGGCGACAGCGGCCAAGGCGGGGGUGUUUCGCAGCAGCAGCCGCCAUCAGGAUGGGAGGCCCGCGGCAGCCGAGCGUUUCACCUCGCCUGUAACCCCGUUGACGUUCACUACCUCGCCGUGGCCUGCGGUGACUACGUCGCCAGGGUGUACGACAGGAGGGUGCUCUCGGCCGGGUACAUUGACACGUCUAGCAGCGGCGACGGCGGCGGCGGCAACCGUGGUCGCCAGCCGCCGCCGGCCCUAUCGCUCUGUCCGGUGAGUGAACACCCGGCGGCGGGGAAGGCUUCUUCCGGCGCCUCGUCGUCGUCUUCUUCCGGUAUGGGGAGCAGUGCCCGCGGAGGAAGUGUGGGGACGUUCGGCACCGCGCGCCACGCCACGUGCGUGGCGUUCAGCCCCGAUGGGCGGGGGCUGCUGGUGUCGUACCACCGUGACCACGUCUACCUCUUCGACGCCACGGGGGCAAGACGGAAUAGCUCGGCGGUCAGCGACCCGGCCCUCUCCUCCUACUUCAUGCCCGCUCUUCCUCCACCUCUACCGCCGCCCCCGACAACGCCGGAGUGCUCGUCGAACACCGGUAGCGGCGUCGGUGGUAGCGGGGAUGUCGGGGGUGAGUGUGGAGUCGCCCGUGGUCGGGGCUUUGAAGACCCCGCUGAUGGGAUUCUGGAUGCCCACCGUGCUCUCUUGGCGUGGGAUGGCAAAGGAGGGCCACCGGUGUCCCUGGCAAAGCUGAGCACUCUCUACCGGGCGCGUUCCAUGAACCUACGGCAGCGUGGGUGGAAAGGCGACGGUUACAUGGCUCUGCUCGACUCCGCUCGUGCCAAGGAGCUCGACCCUACCAAGCCGAGAACGCGCUGGGAGUACGUACAGGCCCUAGUUCACGUCGGGCGCCGCGCCUCAGCGCGAGCGGAGGCGGUCAAGUGCCUGGCCGCCUUCCCCGACCUCCAACCGCUUUACGAGGCCGAGUUCUCGGGCAGGACCGAGGGGGAAUCGCCCCCGCGGUCGGACUUGGGCGGCAGAAAUGUAGGGGGACGGAGUGCCAGCGGCGGCGGCGGGCGAGGGGCCAGUGCUUCUGGUGAACCGGUUGAGGAUGAGGAUGAGGAUGAGGAGGAGGAGGAGGAGGAAGCGGAGGAGGAGGCGGAGGAAGGAGAGGAAGAGAGAAGGCGGGAGAGGAACCAGUCCAUGACGCCGCCGAGAGGGGUCGGAAAAACAGCGCGCUUUUCUCGCGGAAGCACCCUCGCCAAUGACCUCGCCCUCACCGCGGAGCUUGCAACGGCCCGCGCGUGGCAUGAGAUGCUUUCUCGAACUGGGGACGUCGGGAGUGAUCCCCGUUGCCCCGAUAGGGCUACCGACUGCGGGAGAGAGAAGGGUGCGGGUACGGCGAAGGGGCCCGUGGCCGAGGAAGAUUGGACCGAAAGCGAAUGUGGUCAGAGAUCGUCGGAUAUGCUCAACUGCUCGCCACGAGCAAUGAUCCAGCGGUACACCGGCGCUUGCAACGUCCAGACUGUCAUCAAGGAGGCCUCUUUCCUCGGGGAUGGCGGGGGCUACGUGGCUUCGGGCAGCGACGACGGGAGAGUGUUUAUCUGGGAGCGCUCCUCCGGGAGGCUGGUUCGGGCGAUCAAGGCCGACGACCAGAUCGUCAACUGCGUUGCGCCGCACCCUUCCCUGCCGGUGAUCGCCACCAGCGGACUCGAAAGCGUGGUCAGGCUUUGGAGUCCUCGCGGAGAGGAAGAGGAAGUAAUCGGGGACGACGAGGCCGCCGACUCAGACCCAGACUCUCGCUCCCUGGAAGACAUCGCCCAGAGCAACCAGGGCAGCAUGGAUUCUGUGGGAGUGAACUUAGGGUUCCAGCCGCUGAUGCACCAGCUCGUUCUCCAGCUUGCUGCGGCGGAGAACAUGGGUGACGACAGAGGGCCCGGGGAGUGCGUUCAGGCGUAACAACUCGUGCCGCCGCCUGCUACACGCGACCGAGCUGUGGAUGCUUGCUCCCUCCUGCACGACUGUCACGUCAAAUCUUGACUGUGUUUCUCGGCACGAUCAACAAGGUUGUUCGUCUUUUUGAUGGUUGUUUUCGGUGUGAUGCGGUCCGACCGACCAAGCGGUGGUAUUGGACGAAUACGUGUGUAUGUAUUUCGGUUGUUUGGGAUCUGGGCGCCGUGUUUUGAGUCCAUACCAUCGCUUCAGCCUGCACGACUGAACAGGACACCCUUCGAUGUUUUGUUUUCGUUUGUCUUGUUUUGGUUCCGAGGUUCUUUCGUAUGAGGACAAAGCGUUCGCGAUUUCUGCAUCGACACUGGAGCGCCAACGGAAAGAAUGAAGUUUAUGCCCUUCAGCUGACGAGCCAUUACCAUUUCAGAUGCAAACAAACCUCCGUACACCACUUAUCAUUCUUGAGGGCCCACAUGAG